GUUACUGAUUCACUCCCCGCUUGCUCUUGAGUUCAGGAGCAGCCCAGCAGGCACUGGAGUCGCAAUGGAAACCCCAGCGCUUGCGUGCACCCGUGUCUUCGUGCUGGGCCUGCUCUCGCUGCAUGCUGGCCUUGCGCCCGCUGUCGCCCAAAAGAAUGGCAUCGACAUCUACAGCCUCACCAUGCACUCGGAGGUCUCGUCGCGAUUUGCCCGCACCGUGGUCACCAGCCGCGUGGUCAACAGGGCCGAGACGUUGCAGGAGGCCACCUUCCAGCUGGAGCUGCCCAGGAAAGCCUUCAUCACCAACUUCUCCAUGACCAUCGACGGCGUGACCUACCCGGGGAAGGUGAAAGAGAAGGCUGCAGCCCAGGAGCUGUACAGCGCGGCCAGAGCCAGGGGGCAGAGCGCCAGCCUCGUCAAGACCGCCGGGAGGUCGAUGGAGCAGUUCCAGGUGUCGGUCAGCGUGGCCGCCGCCUCCAAGGUCACCUUCCAGCUGGUGUACGAGGAGCUGCUCCAGCGGCGCCUGGGAGCCUACGAGCUGCUGCUCCAAGUGCACCCCCAGCAGCUGGUCCAGCACUUGCAGGUGGACGUCCACAUCUUCGAGCCUCAGGGCAUCAGCUUCCUGGAGACAGAGAGCUCCUUCAUGACCCAGGAGCUGGAGCGCGCCCUCGUCACCUCGCAGAAUGAGACCAAGGCUCACAUCCGGUUCAAACCCACGCUGUCCCAGCAGCAGCAGGCUGCAGGGCAGCCGGACACGGCCCUGAAUGGCAGCUUCAUCAUCCGCUACGACGUGAACCACACUCAGUCCGCAGGCUCCAUUCAGAUCGAGAACGGCUAUUUCGUGCACCACUUUGCCCCUGAGGGCCUGCCCACCAUGCCCAAGACCGUGAUCUUCAUCGUCGACCAGAGCGGCUCCAUGCUAGGCAGAAAAAUCCAGCAGACCCGAGAAGCCCUCCUCAAGAUCCUGGAUGACCUCAACCCCAGAGACCGGUUCAACCUCAUCCUCUUCAGCUCGUCAGCGACCCCGUGGAAGACAUCGCUGGUGCAAGCCUCGCUGGAGACCGUGAGCGAGGCCAGGAGCUACGCCGGCGCAAUCCAGGCCGCGGGAGGGACCGACAUCAACGAGGCCUUGCUGCUGGCCGUGAGCCUGCUGGACCACGAGCAGGAGGAGCUGCGCGCGGGGAGCGUCUCCCUCCUGAUCCUGCUCACCGACGGGGAGCCCACGCAGGGGAAGACCAACCCCACGGAGAUCCAGAGGAACGUGCGGGAAGCCAUCGGCGGCCGCUACAGCCUCUUCUGCCUGGGCUUUGGCUUCAACGUCAACUACCCCUUCCUGGAGAAGCUGGCGCUGGACAACGGCGGCCUGGCCCGGCGCGUCUACGAGGACUCGGACGCGGCCCUGCAGCUGCAGGACUUCUACCAGGAGGUGGCCCACCCGCAACUGACGUCCGUGACCUUCGAGUACUCAAGCAACGCCGUGGAGGAGGUCACUAGGGACAGCUUCCGGAUGCACUUCCUGGGCUCCGAGAUGGUCGUGGCCGGGAAGCUGCGGGCCGAUAGCCCUGACGUGCUGGCGGCCAAAGUCCGCGGGCGGGUGCACACGGGGAACGUCACCUUCUACAUGGAGUCCAGCGUGGCAAAGCAGGAGGAGGCGUUCCGGAGCCGCCAGUACGUCUUCGGCAGCUUCAUGGAGAGACUCUGGGCGUACUUGACCAUCCAGCAGCUCCUGGAACAGAUGGUUUAUGCGCCCAAGGCCCAACAGCGAGCCCUCGAGUCCCGAGCCCGGAACCUGUCACUCGACUACAGCUUUGUCACUCCUCUCACGUCCAUGGUGGUCACCAAGCCCGAAGGCCAAGGGCAGGCUCAAGUUGCUGAGAAGCCCUCCCAGGAUGAUAAGCACAAGCAGGCCUACAAGGGAGGGCCUACUUUCUCCGGAUUUCUCCGUAAAGGACAAAAAUACCCCAUACAAAGAGUACAAAAAGGCAGCUAUGAAGAACCCUCUUUUCCCCGAAGAAGAAAGCUGAGUGGACAAGACAUAGCUUCCAGGCCCCUGCUGAGUCCCCGAUUCAGCGUGGACACUUCUCCCACGAGAUUUAAAUACCCCGGGCAUCUCCACGCUCCUCUCGCCUCUCUUCCUCCUCAUCUCUUGAACCUUCCGACCCGAGAGCUGCUGCGGAACUUGAAGCUCUGGGCUGCUACACGGAUACCUGUGACGGUGCCACCCAUGUCUUCAGCUCCCAGUCAAACCACGUUGGAUGACGUGGACUCGGGAAGCAAAGAGAAAGCCGUGACCGAUUCGCCCCCAGCCCCCUUGCAGGUUCCUUCGGUCAUUCUGCCGCUGCACGGCCAAGAUGUGGACAAGCUCUGCGUGGACUUCAAGAACAUUCACGGACCCUUAAACCUGAUCUCGGACCCUGUCCAAGGGAUCGAGGUGACUGGCCAGUACGAGAUGGAGAAGGCUGGGUUCUCGUGGAUCAAGGUGACGGUCCGGAAGCCCGAGCUGCAGGUUCACGCGACCCCUGAGCAGGUGGUGGUGACUCGGAACCGGAGAAACUGGGAGUACAAGUGGAGGAAGACGCUGUUCAACUCACUGCCGGGCCUGAAGAUGACCAUGGACGACACAGGGCUCCUGCUGAUCGGGGGCCUCCACAGAGUGACCGUCGGCCUGUUGCCCUGGGAUGGCCCCAAGAUGGGACUGCUGCUGCUCCUCCACGACACUGACCGCUUCUCCAGCAGUGUCAAGGGGACCAUUGGCCAGUUUUACCCCCGCGUGCUCUUGAGGCCUUCCCCUACGGCAGCCGACCAGUGGAUCCUGAAGGCUCAGGCUGACUACCUUGUCACCAGAGAGCACAGGCUGGAUUUCCAAGAGGGGCCUCCGGGAAGGGAGACUGCCUGCUGGUCUGUGGAGCUGUAGUUCUGCUGGGAGGAGCCCUGCGCCAGAGCUCAUGCCACCUGCUGCCUCCAGAUGGGGGCCACCUUGUGACCGCAGGGCCACCUGGGGGGCCGGAUCCCAGGGGGCAGGAGGUUCCCACUCUUUCCAAAUAAAGCGGUGAGCCCAGGGA